UAUGGUUGUGAAAUGAAGAAAUAUUGCAGUAAAGUCGAUGUGAUAACACACAUUUGAUAGACCAAACAAACAAUGACUUCUUUGGUUUGUUCCACGGCAUUAAUUUUUGUUUUGUUUUCAUUGCAUCAAUACAAAUCGUAAUUUAAAUCGUUAACACUUCAAAAUAUCUGCUCAAUGAAGUAAUCAAGUAAAUUAAACGAAAUAAAAGCCAGAUCUUUCGCAUGUUGAAAGCGAAAUAUAUCCGCGUUUGGGUGAACACACGUAUUACACACAGUCAGUGUUUUAAGAAAGAAAAAAACACAUCAUCGAAUCGAAACAGUGUGACUUCUGAUGAGAGUGAGAUAAAUUCGGCGUUAAGAGGUCAUGGUUGUUAGUAGUGGUUUUAUGGAUCAUGUUCUCGCAUACGACCGUUCGGAAGUUUAUCUGCGUGCGAAUGGUUUGAUUCCAGCCGCCGCACAACCGAUAAACAAUACAUUGAAUCGUCAACAACAGAAUCAACAACAGCCACAACAACCGCCAUCCACGCAACAAUCGAUAAAUUCAUCAAUUAUGCAACCAUCAGCCAAUGUAAAAUCCAAUAAUAAUGGUCAAUCGCCGGCCCGUGUCAUUUUAAUUUGUCAUUCAAAUUCGCAUCCAUUUCAAAAGCGAAACAUUUUAUUGGAACCACGGCAAGAAAUUAAGGUUGGCCGAUCGGUUCCACGAAGUCGGGUCGAGGAUUCAAAUGCAAUAUUCGAUUGCAAAGUGCUAUCACGAAACCAUGCCAUCAUAUGGUAUACCGAUGGGAUAUUUUUUAUUAAGGAUACCGGCAGCAGUAAUGGAACAUUCAUCAAUAGCCAACGAAUCAAAUCAAAUGAAGCAUAUGAAAUAUCAUCCGGUGAUGUGGUUCAAUUUGGUGUUGACGUCAUUGAAAAUUCUCGAAAAGAAACACAUGGCUGUAUUAUAGCCGUGCUAAAGCUCAUAACGCCUGAUGGCAUCGAAAAAACCUCGUACCAAAAUCCGAUCAAUCCAAAUUCGGGCUCAUUUGACAAUGACAUUUUCCGGCUCAAACAAAUCAUGCAUGAAUCAUAUUUACGUGAAAUUCUACUCGAAGAAAAAUUAGUUAAUUUACAAAAAGAGGUGUUAGCCACAUGGAAAAACUCAUCAAACACGUGGCAAGCAAUGAUCCAUGAAGAUCUUUUACUAAGUCGUAUCGAUAUCCUAGAAAAUAAGUUAUCAUGUUAUCAAAAGAAUAUAACAAAUGAAAAAUUACAAGAGCAAAUCAAUCGAUUACAAGAUGAAAAAGAAGUGUAUCAAAAAACCGCAAAAGAAGCCUUAAAGAAAGUGUAUCAGGAGCGAUUGGCAGUAAUGCGAAAAUUCACAAAAUUUGAGCAAUUUUGGCAGGCGAGCGAAGAUGAAUUGAUGCUGUUACGUGCACAAUUGGCCGAUAGCAAAGAUAAUGAUGAAAAACUUCAAGAGAUGAACAAUUCGAAUAGUGAAAGUAUUCGUGAACAAAUGGCACGCCAAGAGGCUGAAUGCAAAGCGAUCAAAGCCGAAUUUGAAGAGGCUAAACGUGAAACGGAAGAGCUAAAAAGUCAGUUGCAAAUUAUCGAUGAUUUCAAUGAAGAUGAUCUGUUGAGCGUUGAAAAUCGUAUUGGUGGCGAUCGAAAUCGCAACACACCCGUCUGGAAUAAACAAAAAGAGAUCAUGAAAUGGUUAAACAAUUCCGAUUUAAAGCAGUUAAAAGAUUCCGACGAAAUUAUUAAUGCCAUGUGCAAUGACACAAAAAACAAAGAGUUCUUAAAAAUCGAUCCACAUCAAUGUCUCAAAGUGUAUGAAAAACUUUUGGACAUCGAAAAGAAAUUCACAUCAGCAACCACCAUCACCACCACCACCACCACUACCACCAAUAAAUCAACAAAAAUCACCACUGAUUCAACUGCCUCACUGGAUAACAAACACAGUAUUGCUUCAGACACGAUGAUAAUCAAUAACUGUGAGGAGAUUGCCACGAAAAGCGCCGAUGAUAGUAAUCAUAAUACGGAGAAUGGUGAAAGCAAAGUGAUCAAUGAAAUUGAAACAAAAGAAAGUAAUGCCAAUGAUGUGGUCGUCGUGAAUGAAGAAAACCAAAAUAGUCUAGAGACAAAUGACGAUAGUCAAGUGAACGCUGUUCGAGAUUUAAUCGUCGAACUCAAGGAUAUGUACAAUGAAUUUUUAUUACAAAUAAAACUGGUGCAAAAAGAUCUUAUACGCUCGGCCAAAUAUGAUGAACUAGAAUCAAAGUUUAUAAGUACAAUGUUGGAGCUGCAAUCAUUACAAAAAGAGCAAAAACGACGUGAUCUACUGCAAAUGAUACAAAAAGAGGAGAUGGCUCAAGCCGAUGUGCCUCUGAGGAAAGUGAUCAGUAGUAGCGGUGGCAGUACAAAUCAAACGGAUGAAAUUCGGCUGAAUAACAAUCGUGAUACGCUUCAUUUUGACAAUGAUGCAAACGAUGAUGAUACAACGGUUGCCGAUGACAUAAUCCUCAUGAAAACGGAUGCAGACAAUGGUUCAACGUUAAACAACACCAACACACUUGUUAGAGAUAAUAGUUCAUCAAAAAUCACGCCACAAAAUUCGGUCACCGAUUUUGACGAUGGAUUUGAUUCGAUGUCAACCGCUGACGAAACAAAUAAUAGUAGUACAAAUUCAAUUAUUACCCAAAUCAAUAAUGGUUCGAUCGCAUGCGAUGACUUCAGUGAACAAAGUAUAUCGGAUUCGGUGAACGAUGAUUUAUUUGAAACACAAACUGUGAAUGGUCAAAACGAAGACAACAAUCAAGAGCUCGAGAGAGAGAUGAUGGGCCAUCGGAUUCAGCAAUUGGAAGAUGCACCAUCGGUCAUCGACAGCAAUUUAGAUGAUGAUUAUGUGGAUGAAAAGGAAGCUUUAGAAUCGUUUGAUCGAAUCAUUGAAGAAGAGAGUAAAUUGAUAAACGAAACGGAUAUUUUGAAAGAAGAAGAAUUGGUCGAGCUAAAAGAGAGAUGUGUCAAAUUGACCGAUGACAAUGUUGCACUGCGUCGUGAAGUCGAAACAUUACGUUUGUCAACCAAUAAACAAUUUACAGUGCUGAUGUAUACAGCAUCAUUAGCCGCCUUCAUUGGUUAUCUAUUUUCGAUAUUUUUUUCAUAAUCGAUGACGGGAGUUUGUCAUUCCAAUAGGGCGACCGUUGACGAUGCCGUUGACAUCGUCAUCGUUACAAUAACAAAGGCUGAGGGACAUUUAAUUUUUCGAACGACACAUGCGUUUCAAACAUCCGAGACAUAUAGUUCGAUUAUAUUUUGAUUAGUCAACAAAAGAGAUAUCAGCAAGAAUCAAUGAUUUAGUUUAUCUGUCACUUUAUCUCUCUUUGUGCAGACCAAACAAUCUCUCUCUCUCGCUCUCUCGCAAUCACUUCGAAAGAAAUUGUUUCAUCGCAGUCCAUGCAACAAAAAACAACAAAAAAAAAACACAAAAACACAAAAACAUAGUAUUGCACAAGGAGACAAA